UGAUAGAAGUUAAUGGGAUUUGUUUUUUCUUAGUACAGAAUUAGGCAAACCAUAAUUGAACGCACACUCCAGCGCAAUAGGUGGCCGCAUGCACCUUAAGCGUUUGUGGAACGCCAUUAUACCAAAGAAGAUGUGUGAAUGUGGAACAGCAACGUGCUCGAUACUCCAUUCUAAACACUUUAAAAAAACAUGUUAUAUCUCAAUCUGGCAUUGGAUAUCGGUUACCCGGGGACAAUCACAGAUAAUGUAUUCUGAAAUCUUGAAGAAAACGAAAUUCCUCGACUUGUAAAGCCAACUCCACACCAUCUGCGGUGGUGCCACUAAAAACAAGUGGGGGAUCGAGUCUAGCUAACGUUAAUUAUUUUUGAUAUUUGGUGUCAUCACACUAAUUAAGAUCUUGAAUACAUCGUGACCUCCGGGGUUGUAUUCAAAAGGCUGUCAAGGCCUUGAAUAUUAAUUGUUCAGUUUCGGCUCCGAGGGUGCCCUGUUGAGACUUGGAAGUGAAUUUGUGAAGAAACCUGAUUGGCGACAUGCCAAGGAGUAAAAAAGGGAAACGUAGUUCAAACAAGGGGGGGAGGAAUGGGGUGAAGGGUGGGUCUGGUGCCAGUGAUGAUGACCUGGCAUCUGAUGUGCUCAGUCACUACAGCAGUGCCAGCGAGAGCGCCUCGGUGCUGGACGACAGCACAGGAGCAGGUGAGCGACUAGAUGAACAGACUGCCCAGGAGGAGACCGAGGACAAGCUGAAACAAUGCAUAGACAACCUGAUGGACAAGAGUGCAAAGACACGCCUGGCAGCCCUGGAGUCUCUGAGAGGGGCCUUCUCAUCCAGGCUGCUCUGUGAUUUCCUGACAGAGAGACGCCUCACCAUCAGCGACUGCCUGGAGAGGAGCCUGCGCAAGGGUGGUGGAGAGGAGCAGGCUGCAGCAGCCACAGUGUGUGCCCAGCUGUGUGUGCAGCUGGGCGGGGGGGACGAAAGCGAGGAGGGCUUCAAGAUCCUUCGACCCGUCCUCAGCGCCAUCAUGAUUGACGGCUGUGCCAGUGUGGCCGCCCGCCAGAGCUGUGCCAGUGCUCUGGGUAUGUGCUGCUAUGUUUCUGCUGCGGAAGAUGGAGAGGACUUGGUAAAAUCCAUGAGUCAUCUGGAAAGUGUGUUCACCACGUCGUACCCCAACUGUGAGGGCACCCUGCCCACCCCCAAGGCCGGUGCCCCUGGGCUCCACAGCGCUGCCCUGCACGCUUGGGCUCUACUCGUCACCCUCUGCCCCGCCUCCCGCCUCUCUGUGCUGCUAGACCUACAUCUACUCAAGCUACAGGCCUGCCUCGAGAGCAGCGAUGUGAACUACAGGAUUGCUGUGGGGGAAACCAUCGCCCUGCUGGUUGAACUGGGAAGAGAUAUAGACAGGGAAUUUGAAGACAGCGACAUGCUGUGUGAGUGCCUGAAAGGUCUUGCCACUGACGGGAACAAACACCGUGCCAAGAACGACAGGAGGAAACAGCGCUCCAUAUUCAGAGAGGUGCUGCACUACAUAGAGAAUGAGGACUUCACAGAGGAGAAGAUCCGCUUUGGUGUGGAGGGCAUCUACAUCGACAGCUGGAUGCGCAGGAGGGUCUACAAUGCCUUCAAAGAGGUGCUGGAGUCUGGAGUGAGACACCACCUUCAGUUUAAUCCAUUGCUGAGGGAUAUCUUUGGCCUGGGACCCCCUCUGAUUCUGGACUCCUCUGUCAAAGCCAGCAAGAUCUCCCGUUUCGAGAAGGUGACCCCAUGUCCUAUGAACUUUAAAAUGUCUGCAAUCCCACCAGCACAUAACCACUGCCCUAAAACCAUUACCACUGCCCUAAAACCAUUACCAUUGCCCUAAAACCAUUACCACUGCCCUAAAACCAUAACCACUGCCCUAAAACCAUUACCACUGCCCUAAAACCAUUACCACUGCCCUAAAACCAUUACCACUGCCCUAACACCAGAAAAUACUGUUCAACAACCACACAGUGCAUAUCAUGUGAGAUCUCCACUGUCUAAUGAAAUAUAUGUCGGUUAAACAAAAUGUUUAUGGGUUUGCCUAGUCUUCACAGGACCCAAUAGAAACCUGCCCUCCAUAUUGGUAUUCUUCAUUUUGAAUGGUGUAAAUCAAACCUGUUGAUUUAUUUCUAUCACAGCAUCUGUUCAACUCAUCGGCCUUCAAAGCCAGGACUAAACUAAGGAACAAAGUGAGGGACAAGAGAGCAGAUGUGAUGUGAGGAAUGAAAGAGAGGAAUGGAGGAGAGGAAUUGAUGGAACGUGCCUUGGCCCCAUAGGAUGGAGACUCUGAGUAGAAGAAUACUGGGGUAUAUUUAUUGAAGCGAAACAUUUGUAACGUUGCAGAUAGAAAUGUAAUGAAUAGAGCUGACAUGAUUUCCUUUUCCAAAUGACAGACAAUCCUAUCUGUUCUACACAGUACAUUUCUAUAGGAAUGUUCUGUAACAUUACACCCUCCUGAACAGGCCCCUUGCCCAAACUCAUCUCACAGGACACAAUGGCUGCUGCCAAACCAGGGACUUUGCAGACAAUGCAAACGCGUGUGCGUGCAUGUUUUUUUAUUUGUAAUUUAACACUACAUAAUAAAAUCAUGACACCUACGGGACGCCUGAAAAUCAAACAAAGGUGGUUUAUUGUAUCUUUAUUAAUAUUUUCGGAAGAAUAUCUUAACCAUUUCUGGUCAUGUACAGUAUUUAUUGAAAGUGGGAGAACAGUACAUUGAUUUUUAAAAUAAGUUUUGUUUACAGACUUCAGAUAUGGGAAGAGUACAAAGAAAAUGUAAGUUUGGGUGUUUUCAUGUAUAUUUCUAUGCUGGUUGGUUGUGCAUAUAAUCUAUACAUGUAAACUGAACAGAAAUAGAAAUGCAACAUGUAGUGUUGGUCCUGUGUUCAUUGAGAUGAAAUAAAAGAUCAGAGAAAAAGAUUA